AUGACUGGGAUGACGUUCCUUUGCCUUCUAUGGUUUGCCACACUUGGUUCUACAACAUCACAAAAUGAAUUUCCAACCGUUAGAUGGGGACAGAGCUCAAAGAAGUUGACGCUCAUCAUUUCCAUCCCGUCCGUCGAAGGGGAAAAGGUGGAAUUUACGGAAAGUUAUGUAAACACCUUCAAUGAGGACCUUCACAACAUCCCCCCGAAGGAACCGUGUUGGAAGCGCUUGACGAAGAACAAAACAGUGAAUUUUUUGGUAAAAGACAAAAGGCUUAGCGAUCCAACUGACUGUGAAGAGGCCAAGGAAGUCUGGCUGGGGGAAUACAUGUAA